AGAGAAAAGUUAGAUCAAAUCCAGCCAACCAAUCCCGAUAUCCACAGCCUCUUUCUCCAUUGGACCAGAACUGUCCCAACCAAAACCAGAAGCACCAACUGCAAGAGCACCAACACCGAACAAAAACAUAAUCAAAUUGCGAGCCCAGAAAUACAAGGAAAAAUAUUACUCCUGCAACUCGUGCGGUGCACUCCUCCACUGUUCUUGGGAAUCUUGGGAGGAAGAAAGUAGAGAGUCUCCGAGCUCCCUGCCAGUUCGUGGCGCGAGUGGCUUCAUGGUUUCUUGACGUCCUCUCCUCUUGAUCCAAGAACUCGGGGGGUUUCUUGGACAAGUGGUUCUUGGAUUGGCUGGCCAUGUCGGUCUCGUCCUCGUCCAUGUGCGGCGGCGGGGAGACCGGGAUGAGGAUCGUGGUGUGGUUCCGGAGGGACCUCAGGGUAGAGGACAACCCGGCGCUAGCGGCGGCGGCACGCGCCGGAGGGGAGGUGGUGCCGGCGUACGUGUGGUCGCCGGAGGAGGACGGCCCUUUCCAUCCGGGGCGCGUGUCCCGGUGGUGGAUCAGCCAGAGCCUGCAGCACCUGGACGCCUCGCUCCGCCGGCUAGGGGCAGGAAAGCUCGUCACGCGGAGGUCGACCGACGCCGUCGUCGCGCUGCUCCAGCUGGUCCGCGACACCGGCGCCACGCACGUCUACUUCAAUCAUCUCUACGACCCGAUCUCGCUGGUCAGGGACCACCGGCUGAAGGAGAUGCUGGCGGCUGAGGGCAUCGUCGUGCAAUCUUUCAAUGCGGAUCUGCUGUAUGAGCCAUGGGAAGUUGUUGACGAUGAAGGGCAGCCAUUCACCAUGUUUGCCCCGUUCUGGAACAGGUGCCUCAGCAUGCCGUACGAUCCCCCGGCACCACUUCUGCCCCCGAAGAAGAUCAAUUCAGGUAACUUAUCAAUGUGCCCAUCGGAUGAUCUGAUCUUUGAGGAUGAAUCAGAGAGGGGAAGCAACGCCCUUCUGGCCCGAGCAUGGACACCAGGAUGGCAGAACGCAGACAAGGCGCUAACGGCCUUCCUCAACGGUCCUCUGGCUGACUAUUCAGUGAACCGCAAGAAGGCUGAUAGCGCGAGCACAUCCCUACUUUCACCUCACCUCCAUUUUGGUGAGCUUAGCGUGCGCAAGGUCUUCCACCUAGUUCGUAUGAAGCAGCUUGUGUGGAGCAACGAGGGCAACCACGCUGCUGAGGAGAGCUGCACCCUGUUCCUGCGUUCCAUUGGCCUGCGGGAGUACUCCCGCUAUCUGAGCUUCAACCAUCCAAGCAGCCAUGAGAGGCCCCUCUUGGCACACCUCAGGUUUUUCCCCUGGGUGGUCGAUGAGUGGCACUUCAAGCUUUGGAGGCAGGGAAGGACUGGGUACCCGCUUGUUGAUGCUGGCAUGAGGGAACUGUGGGCGACAGGGUGGUUGCAUGACCGGAUACGUGUGGUGGUGUCAAGCUUCUUUGUCAAGGUCCUUCAACUUCCAUGGCGAUGGGGUAUGAAAUACUUCUGGGACACUUUACUGGAUGCUGAUCUUGAGAGCGAUGCACUGGGCUGGCAGUACAUCACUGGCUCUCUUCCUGAUGGGCGAGAGCUUGACCGCAUUGACAACCCUCAGUUUGAAGGCUACAAGUUUGACCCGCAUGGGGAGUAUGUGCGACGGUGGAUUCCGGAGCUUGCAAGGCUGCCGACAGAAUGGAUACAUCACCCAUGGGAUGCACCUGUUUCCGUGCUACAAGCUGCAGGAAUUGAGUUGGGCUCCAACUAUCCUCUCCCCAUAGUUGAGCUAGACGCAGCCAAAGCCAGGCUGCAAGAAGCCCUGUCAGAAAUGUGGCAGCUGGAGGCCGCAUCAAGGGCCACAAUGAGCAAUGGAAUGGAGGAAGGCCUCGGCGACUCCUCGGAGGUUCCACCGAUUGAGUUUCCUCAAGAAUUACAGAUGGAAGUCGAUCGGCAGCCAGCCCAGGCAAUGGCCAAUGUGCCGAUGACUGCUCGGAGGCGUCAGGAUCAGAUGGUGCCUACCAUGACGUCUUCACUGAACAGAGCUGAAACAGAGGUUUCUGCCGACCUGGGGAACAGUGAGGACACUAGAGCACAGGUCCCGUUUCAUGCACAUUUCGAACCUCGAGUCGAGAGGCAUGAUGCAAUCCAAAAUGCAGAAGGCCCUGCUCCUAGAAUCAACGGAGUUCACCAGAACAACAUCUUUCAGCAACCUCAGCAUCAUAGGCGAGAAGCUGUUGCGCCAUCCGUGUCGGAGGCUUCGAGUAGCUGGACCGGGAGAGAAGGCGCUGUAGUCCCAGUUUGGUCACCUCCUGCAGCAUCAGGCCAUUCAGAAACUUUUGCUGCUGACGAAGCUGACGUUUCUAGUAGGAGUUAUUUGGAUAGGCAUCCGCAGUCGCACCGGUUGAUGAACUGGAGUCAGCUAUCCCAGUCAUUGUGAGUUUGGAUGCACCGUAACCCAUUGUUCUCAGACAACAGGCUGGGAAGUGGAAAACUCCGUGCAGCCAAACCUAAUCGGUUAGGGUUUCCUGAAGACGGAUUUCAAUGUAAAUUGUCCACUCUGUUGCUCAUCUAUAUAUAGUCUGAUGGGCACGCGAACCAGGCAGCUCGUUCCUGUAUGUGAUAAUAGUCGUGUAAAUCUAAUCCGCUAGAACUUGUGUGAUCGAUAUAGGGUACUUAAAAAAAGUCACUAUUACUGAUCAGACAAUGAAGGUUUUCUGUAAUUUUGACCCCUUUUUUGGAGGUGUGCUAUGCAUGUAAAUGUACAUUCCCUUGUGUGUCUCUGUUGAUCAUUGGCGAUCUUUGGUUACUA